AUGAAGCAGGCUCCACAGCCAUCGGGGCCCACCGACGAGGAGCUGGCAAAGGCUGCUGAGAUGAAGAAGGCGAAAGAGAAGGCUUUGGCCGAUCUGAAGGACGCUUCUGCCGGUGGAGACGUGGCAAGGUUGGAAGCAGCAAUCGACAAAGCCAAAAAGGCCGAGGUCGCCUCCUCGGAGGUCGAGGCUGCGGAGAAGGCUCUUGCCACCGCGCGCGCCAAGCAGGAGGCACGCAAGAAGCUGAAAGCUGCUGAGGACUCGGGAAGCGUGGACUCCCUCAAGGCGGCCCUGGAAGAAGCCAAGGUGGCAGGACUUGCAGCUGCGGAGCUGAAGUCUGCUGAGGACCUCAUUGCAGCAGCAGAGUCAAAGGAGAAGGUGGAGGUUGCACUUAAGACUGCCACUGCGGAGCGCAACGUCCACGGUCUGAAGUUUGCUAUACAGCAAGCCAAGGAGUCGGGCAUUGAUGCUGGACUCAUCAAGGCAGCAGAGGAUGUCCUCAUGGUGGAGGAGCCGAAGCUGCAGGCCCGUGAACAGCUCGCCGAGGAGGAGGUUUUCGAAGACUGCAGAGAUCUGGUUCAGUCAGCAGCUGAUGGUUACAACGUGACGAUGUUCGCGUACGGCCAGACUGGAGCGGGCAAGACUUUCACCAUGUAUGGUGCGAAAGGCAACGAGGGCACGGCACCGCGGACGAUCCAUGAGAUUUACCGUGUUUGCGAGCAGGGCUCAGACCGCUUCACCUACACGGUGAUGGGUUCCAUGCUCGAGCUGUACUGUAAUGCCAUCGUGGACCUCUUAGCAAAGGGGACUGUCAAUGCGUCGAAAGCAAAGCUGAACAUCCGGCAGGAGAAGAAUGGCACAGUGUACAUGGAGGGUCUGACAGAGGAGCAGUGCAGCACAGCUGAGGAGCUGAUGGCAUUGCUCGAACGUGGCAACGACCAGAGAACUGUGGCUGCCACUGCCAUGAACUCCGAGAGCUCUCGGAGCCAUCUUGUCCUGCUCAUCAAGAUCAUCAGCGUCAACAAGGAGACCAAAGAGACGCUGAAGGGAAAGAUGCUCAUGUGUGACCUUGCGGGCUCUGAGCGACUAAAGAAGUCGGAGGUAACAGAGCACCAGCAGAAGGAAGCCAUUGAAAUUAACAGGUCUCUUACGGCCCUGGGCGAUGUGAUUGAGGCAUUGACCAAGGGCGGUAAGGGAGUCGUUCCCUACAGGAAUCACAAGCUGACGCAGCUCAUGCAAGAUUCGCUGGGCGGAACU